AAUAAAAUUAGGAGGCGGCCGCGGCGACCAACUCCUUCCCGUCUCUCUUUGUACCUGACCCGAAAGGCUUCGACGCUCACCCUCUCGUCCCUCGCCACCGCUACAUGUCUCCCCUCUCUCGCCUCCGCCUCCCCGCCCCCCUCCGCCGCCGCGCUCUCACCGCCCUCGCAGCCGCCGUUCAGCAGGACACGGACACGUGGUCCCAGGCGCCCCUCUCCCUCGUCGCCCCCGCAUCCGCCGACGCCUCCCUCUUUCACGUCGCCGUCGACGUCUCCUACGCCCCCGAUCUCGCCGUAUCCUACACCGCCCCGGGUCAGUACCUCCAGCUCCGGGUACCGGGUGCCGACAAGCCCGCCUUCCUCGCCAUCGCCUCCCCCCCCUCCUUCGCCGCCUCCCGUUGCGAAUUCCAAUUCCUCGUCAAGAGGGUCCCUGGCUCCACUGUCGAUCUUCUCUGUGGGCUCAGACGCGGGGAUAUCGUCGAGCUGAGUGGCAUUAUGGGGAGGGGAUUCCGGGUGGAGGAGAUCUCUCCUCCCGAUGCCUUCCCCUCCGUCUUUAUCUUUGCAACGGGAUCUGGUAUCAGUCCCAUUCGGUCACUUAUUGAAUUAGGUGUCCGUGCAAAUGAAAGAUCAGAUGUGAGACUUUAUUAUGGAGCUAGAAAUCUUCAGAAAAUGGCAUAUCAGGAAAGGUUCAAGGAUUGGGAGUAUGCUGGAGUAAAUGUCAUACCUGUCUUGUCACAACCUGAUGAAAGAUGGAGUGGCGAAAGAGGAUAUGUACAGACAGCUUUUUUAAGAGCCAGACAUAUUCUAAAUCCUUCAACAACUGGUGCGGUGCUUUGUGGGCACAAACAGAUGACUGAGGUCAUUACAGCUAAGCUUGUGGCUGAAGGUGUGUCAAAAGACAAAAUCUUGACGAAUUUCUAACCAUGGAGGAGGGGAAGGCUCACAAUGCUCUUCUAUUAGUAUUAGCGAAACACCAAUACGAUUCUUUUGUUCUCAGAUGCUGUGUGAUCAUCUGAUUGAGCUUGGAGCAGAAUAAUGGUGAAUAAUUUACCAAAUUUUGACAACCUUAUUAUUACAUUAUUAAAUCACACUCUGAUGGCCAGUACAACAGGUCAUCAGUCUUGUAUACUUUUGGAAGUUCAUAUAAGUUGCCUGUACUAAAAAAACAAGGAGCACUGAUGUAUACUCUCUCAGUAUUCAAUUAAAGGAAUGCAGUAAAUUGUUUAUUUGAA